GAGAAAAUGAGCACGUCUGAAUUCUCUCCACCUUCUGGCAGCUUCAAGGGAUGGUCGGUCUGCUUUUGGCAUCCACCCCGGGAGGGCCGUCGUAAGGUGAUCAGCUCAGAAUCUCAAGAUCAGGUCAGUGGGCAGGUUGUGAUUGCUGUGAGGCGCGUCAUGCCUCUCAAGUGCACAAGGCUUCAGGUCUCCCCAGAAGCGUCUGCUCAAGCCACAGUGAAUUUUUACAGUAUUGGGUGGUUCCUGAGUCUUCCCUCCUGCACCUGGGGUUCUGGAGAGUGGAUUUUUGCAUUAUUGCCUGCCUGUGGCUGCAGCACUUUUGCAAUGUGCUUCUUUUCUGAGGGGCAUUAUUGAGUGGUUUAUAGCUGCAGCAGCAAGAGCAGCGCAGGGUGAAGCAAGUGAUGAAGAGGACUGCAUUGGAAAUGCAUGCAUGCAAACAGCAUUAUGUGAUAAUGGUGUGCAUUGAGUGUACACAGACUAACAUAAUUGUUAUGAGAGUGUGAGGCGUCUGAAAUAUACCAAUGAGUGUGCGAGUCAAGCAGGGGCGGGCUUGUGACCUUGCAGAAGGCUUGUUCCUCAACCUAUCCAUCCGGAUUAUUGUCUGCUGUGCACUGUGGCCAGCAGCGGUUUGGGUGCAGCUGUUUUUUUGUUGUGUGUGAGGGGCCCAGGACUGUCCCUGUGUCCUGUGGGCAAUGUAUCAGAAGUUGGACAUAUGUCAGGAGUAUGAAAAGGAGUAGGGUGGUUUUACUGAAGCUUACUCAAUGACGCAAAAUAGUACGUCAUGGCAUUCAUCUUGUUCCAAUGCAGCAUUGGCGCAGUGUAGAAAUUUCAAAGCAGUGGCUCUGAUUCUGCGUCAAGCCUGCUGCACCUCAAAGGUCUUGUCUGGGGUUUGGAUUGGACCUUUUUGGAGCUGUGUCAAUCAAAUUUCUUGCAUUGUGGGUUCUGCAUGCAUGCAUGUCUUUUGUCUGGAUGGACGGUAUGCAAACUGGAUCUCUGCCUUGCAUUUGUCGUCAUUAAGGCAGCAGUGUCUGCCAGGAUAUAUUACUGUUGCCCAUCUAGGUGUUUUGUGCAUGCAAGACCAACAUAAUAUAUGGAGGUGGUCUCACUCAGCCAGUACUGUCCAAUGGCGAGAACUGAAUAAGAAUGUAAGAAGUUGUUGACAUGAACAUGUCAGAAUGUUUC